GAGCAAUUCACUGACUGCAUAGUAUAGCUCCGGUUAGUCAAGAAGUCUGGGAGUUUUUUGUUUUGUUUUGUUUUGUUUUGUUUUGUUUUGUUUUGGACUAACAUUUCCGGGUGUUGCAGGCUUGAGAUCUUCCAAAAUAUAUUUUAACGCACCUCUCUAGUGAGGAUUUGGUUGAGCUCCACCGGGCUUUUUGCGACAUGUCUACCGGAAAAGUCAGAGACUUUGAUGAAAUCACUUCUUUUUUAGGCGACUACGGGCUCUUUCAAAUCCUGAUAAUAGCUCUACUCAGUUUCAGUGCAAUGCCGGCUGGGUACAUGGGAGUCAUUGUGGUUUUUGUAUCGGAUACACCCGAACAUUAUUGCAGAAGCUCAAUCAACUCUACGCGCUAUGGCACAGACUGGGAACAGGAGAAUGGUUUCCAGGAGCGGGGCAGCUGGAUGGGACCGGGCAGCUGCUCUCGGUACAAGCUGAGAGAAAACUGGACGACAGCAGCCGGCUUUAAUGACACAGAGCAGUGUCUGGAUGGCUGGGUUUUCAGCACUGACCGAUACACCGCUACCAUUGUGUCUGAGUGGGAUCUUGUUUGUGACAGUGCGUGGAAAGUCCCUUUCUCCACUUCUUUAUUCUUUGUAGGAGUACUGAUUGGAUCUUUUGCCAGUGGACACCUCUCAGACCGGUUUGGUAGAAAGCCAGUGUUGUUUUUCACCAUGGUCUUACAAACAGUCACUGCCUUGAUCCAGGCCACCUCUGUCACCUGGGUCAUGUUCAGUAUCCUCAACUGUCUAAGAGGACUUGGCCAAAUAUCCAGUUUGAUUGCAUCACUCAUACUGGGUUCUGAAAUGCUGAGUCAGUCUGUCAGGGUGACCUACAUUCUGCUGGGCCACAGUCUCGGGUUUGGCAUUGGUUAUGCCUUGCUGCCUCUCUUUGCUUACUUCAUACGGGGCUGGAGGAUGCUGCUGGUUGCUGCUGCAAUCCCAGGCUUCCUAUUUAUUCCAACAUGGUGCUUGAUUCCCGAGUCACCUCGUUGGCUGUUGCAGAAAGGUCGAGUGGAGGAGGCUGAGCUUGUCAUACGUAAGGCUGCCCAAUGGAACAGAGUCCCCGCCCCUGAGGUCAUAUUCAGGGCUGGGGACUGCUUGGAGCUCAUGCAAAAUAAAGAUGAAGAAGAGCAGACAUACACUUACAUGGACUUGAUACGCACCCAUAACAUAAGAAACAUAACAAUUUUUGGUGUUUUCAUAUGGAUGUCUGUUACCAUGGUCUACUAUGGUCUCUCGCUCAAUAGUAGCAACCUGAAUGGAAACAUCUACCUCAACUGCUUCAUCUCUGCAGCCAUCGACAUCGUAGUGUAUGUAGCCACUUGGCUUCUGAUUAAUAGGGCCCCGAGACCCACUUUCCUCUUCUCCACACUGAUGUUCUGUGGUAUGAUGCUUCUGGUUAUAAAGCUGGUUCCUGAAGACAUGCCUGUCAUGUUCCAGGUGUUGGCUUUGGUGGGAAAGAUUGGUGUAUCUGCUGCUUACUGCUUUAUCUACGUGUUUUUCACUGAGCUGAUGCCCACUGUGGUCAGGAACAUGGGCUUAGGGAUCUGCUCCACAGCUGCACGAAUAGGAGCCAUCAUCUCUCCUUAUUUACUUUACAUAGGUGUUUACAGCAGGAUCCUUCCAUAUAUUAUUUUUGGCACAGUCAGCAUCAUGGCUGCUGUUGUUAGCAUGUUGCUACCAGACACCAGAAACAGCAAACUCCCUGACCUUAUCACCCAGACCAAACACAUCAGACGCUGCCCCUGCUUUUCAAAGGAAACUUCUUCAACCCAAUCGGAUCCCACUGAAGGCAACAAAGAAGCGCACAAGAGUGCCAUCUGCUGAAAGGAAAUCAUACCACAGGAGUGGAGUGACCUCAGGCAUUUGAGGCUGCAUUGUUAUGGCAUAAGAUACGUCUGUAAGACGUUAACCCGAGGAAGGUUCACUGAACUUCUCUGCUCUUGUCACACAGAGUUAAUGAUAUAUUUACAUUCCUGGGUUUUCCCCAUCCACAGUUUAUUACCGGAGCUUUGGUUUUUAGGCUUCAUCUUUGUUUGUUUGUUUGCCCAAAUGUAACA